AUGAAUAUAGAUUACUUAAUCAAAAAUUCCCCAAACUCCACUCCUGAUGAAUGUGUCAUUAUGGAUACAGAUUUAUAGGAUUAAAGCAAGAGCUAAUUAGAUGAUGAUUACUUUUUAAAUAAAAUUGAAACUCAUAAAUUUGUCGUCGGUAUCUCUAAACCGGGUGAAAUGAGAAUUGGACUUUAAACUAUAAAUAAAAAGAAAAUCACUGUCAAAGGCAUCCUUGGUAUACAUGAAAAAUAAUGA